AUGCAUCCGUUCGAUAACGUAUUUGUGCCGUUGCCCAGGUAUCGCAUAGCCAUUUGCAGUUCGUGCCACAACGCCGUAUUCCCCAGUUCGAUCAAGACGCACGUUAAUACACACCAUUGUUAUUUACCAGUACGGCAUCGGCAACAGAUCAUCCAGCGAGCGGUAGAAUUGGAAAGACGCGGCAUUGUAGGGUCAGAUGUAAGCGGAAUCCAGUUCCCAAGCCCGGGGGAUCCCGCCGUCCCGGGUUUGCCAGUUUGGCCCGAUGGAAAGAAGUGCAUAGUUCCCGGACCAGACGGCCACCCGUGCGGCCAUAUCCGGCGGACGUAUCGCGGCAUACAAGCGCAUUGCCGAGACGCACAUGGUUGGACCAACGUGCGCGCACGUGGAAGGCCGUCGGCCGGUGUUUCACCAGGCGGCGAAGGGGACGUAUGGGUCGACAGCAUACAUUGCCAACAAUUCGGCAAGACGGGCACGUUGCAGCGGUUGUUCGAAGUGACGCCAGCACAAGCAUCCACAUCGACAAUGGAAGGCAGCGUGCAUCAAAGCCAUCGGACUCAGCAAAGCAGAUAG